AAUGCAGGAGGCCAAGAGGAUGCCCUCGGAAUCGUGCAGCGCGGCUGCAGCAUCCUUCACGCCGUCGGCGCUGGCCGCGCUGCUCCGAGAGCAUGCGCCGCUGCACGCGGGUGAAUCGCACGUCACGGGUCCGAGAAAUUCUUUGAGUAGCAACGAGCUCAUCCGGUUGGCGGCAGCCGCGGAUGAGCGAGGCGACCUCAUCUCGGCGGCGGAUCUUCACUUGGAUUUACUCGAGCUCACCAGAAGCGACACGUACACUAAAUCAGCCACCGAGCGAUUGCAGAAAUUGUAUCCAAUGGGCGAUGCGUCGCGUGUAUCGCGCAACCAUUCGGACACGUUCCGAACUGCUGUGGAGCAGAGCGUGGCCGCGGGCAAGGCUGAGGUGCUCUCGGCUUCGCCACCCCUGUAUCUCCUGCACGACGUGCUGAGUGCGACCGAGGUUGCGGAUCUCCGUGGAGUCGUCGCGCGCCGGCGCGACUUGUGGGGCGCAUCGCACCCGCUCGUGUGCUUCCAGCACGACGCGUUCACGGGACACCCGGGCCUCACUCACGCUUUCGACUGGAUGCGUGGGCGUCCCGGCGCAGGCGGCCGCGGCUGCUUCGCGCAGGCCGCCUCGCGUGCCACCUACGCGCACGUGCCGUGGAGCGAGAGCCUCUUUGUGUACCGCGGGCAGGAGGCCCUCUUUGACGGCAUCAGCCGGCGCGUUCAGGAGAUGUCCGGCUUGCACGAUACACACGCCUACAGCUGGCAGGCCCUGACUUACGAGGCCGGGCGCGACGGCGGUUACGCCGACCACACCGACUGCGAGCACGCGGCCGACUUGCUCGGGCGCGGCGAGCGCAUGGCCACGCUGCUCGUGUACCUCACGGACGACUUCGACGGCGGCGAGACGGAGUUCCCCAAGCUGGGUUUGAAGGUCAAGCCGCCCGUGGGCUCGGCCCUGCUCUUUUACAACUUCGGGCCAGGCUGGGGCGGCCGCGCGUGCAGCGCGGAGGCGGCGCACCGCUCGAACCGCGUGACGCGCGGCAGCAAGGUCGUGCUGCAGAGGUGGCACUCGUACCAAGAGCAGCCGUUCCUCGCCGGCCGGCCCAUUCUGUCGCAGCGUGGCCGGCGGCCGUUCCAGCCCGUCGUCUCGUGCGAUUAUGUGAGCGGCCUGCGCACAAACGUCUCGUGCCGGUGGUACAACUCGGACGUGCCGUGGACGACGGCCUAAUACUGUUGAAGGAUAGUAAU